GCUGCAGCCAGCAGUCUGUAAGCAGGAGCAGCGGAUCGGAUGGGGUGACCAGGCGAUCGCACACCGCACUGAACGUCCGACCUCUGCUUUCCCUCCACAUCCCCUAAUAACGAGUGAUAGAGAGCCGCCACUCCGCCUCCCGGCAGGUCUUAUCGCCUUUCUUGAGCCACAAGGAGAUGGGAUGGAAUGAAACAGAAGUGUGUUAAUAAAGGCAAUUCCUUGGACUAUUCUCGGACAUCAAGACUUGCAAAAACAUUAUUAUAGUAUUUGGUGUGACCAGAGGGCUAAAGUAAAACAAUGGCAAAAUCGAGAUCCAGGUCGCCUCAUUGGAAACACAGGCUGCCAACUCAUAGAAGCCCUGAGCACUACAGGCAGAGACAUCUGAGCAAUGAAGGAUUUUGUAGAGGUCAAAGAAGACCCAUGCACUGGGAUGAAGAAAGACCUGAACCAAACAAUUCACGGAUACCACCAUAUAAUCGGCUCAAUGACAGACCAUAUGACCAGAGUUUUCUUACCCCAGACCUAAGAAAACCUCCUUUGGAACCUGUCAAUCGGCCAAAAAGAAUCUAUUCCCCAGAGAGACAUGGAGAACCCAUUAAAAGAUUCCCUGCAAAAUACCCAGAUGAUGUCCCACACAGAGAUCAUGAGCGUGAUUUGUAUCCUCAUCGGAGCCACGGACGAAACGCACACAGUGAUUCAAAUGGUUUUCAGGUGGGAAGACGAGAAGACAACUUUCAUGAACCUCACCACAGAGAAAAUGACUGGGAAAGACGUGAAAAUGAAAAUCACUGGAACCAAGAAGUACACACGGAUAAUUAUUUCACGCCAGCAAGAAGAAAUUCAGAAGAGCAUGGCUGUUUUCAGAAGAGGUAUCCUGAGGAUCGUAAUUUUAGAGAGCAUGGUCAGCCUCUCUCCAAAAGACCUAGGGAAGCUGAAAGACUUGAGUUCAGACCGCCACCAAGAAAUUCCCAGUGGAAGUCAGAACAUACAUAUCGAACGUAUCAUGGCAACGACUGGCCAAAAGACGCUGACGUGAGAAAACCCAGCCCCAUCCUUCACCGCGCAAACUCUGGGGAGUUCACAAAGCUAAAAUAUGAUUACAGUCAUAAAUCACCUCCUUAUGCUGGUGUGGAACUGUUGUCUGAUGUUAACUGUAUUGACACAUACAACCGGCAGGAGGAAAGAAAACCUGUUCAUGGAAAGAGUUCCUACCACCACAGAAAAACCGAAAACGUGAGGAAAAAGGGAAAUUACAAUGAGUCUUCUCCAAAACACAGUCUGAAGAAGUGUCAUAGUGCAGAUAGGGACUCGUUUAAAAAUAAUACCACAAAGGCGCACAAUCAUAAGUACAAGGAAAUGGAGAGAAAUGAAAGAGACUCGCGUAAGGGACCAACUCCCCAUAAAGAGCAAAAAGGCCACAGUCCUAAGUCUUCUGUAUCAAACACAGCUUCAAAGAGCAUCCCUUCAACAGAAACAAUCACAGUUAAUUUGGAUUUGACGAAACCAACGGAUAAGUAUAGACAUAACAAUUCCAGCGAUAGACAGAUGUCUAAGAAUUUGACAGGUAGAAAGGAGACUUUUCGACCAGGCUUGGAACAAGGAGAUUCUGCCGCUGCAAGUUCCGCUGGGGUACCCAAAACUGAAUUCGCUCAGGAAAUUAUCACUAUUAUCCAUGAAAUCAAAGCAAACCAUUUUAUGUCUGCUGAUAUCACACUUCAUGAGCGAUUUUCCAAAUUGCAAACAGAAGGCAAUAAACAAGAUGUGAGUGCAAAGCAAGUCACACCACAAACUAAUCCUGAGAUCCACAGGCGAUUUGAUAUCUCCCUAGAAGAUCUCCAGAAAAAGACUCUUAACAGAACUGAUGUGCCACCACCUAGCCAGAGGGUGAUCGAAGAUCCAAACGAUUUACGUCAUGAUAUAGAGAGGCGUCGAAAAGAGAGGCUGCGGAGUGAAGAGAAUGGUAGUAGUGAUGUCAGCUUUCAUGAGAGGGAGUCAUCCGGCAGCUCAUACAGACCACAGAACAACGGAAGUGGCGAGUUUCACGAAUCUUCAAGGGGACCCAGACCUCCUUUCCGAAAGAUUCCAGGGCGACCUCCACUCCAGGGUCCUUAUCAUAGAAGAAAUCACUACCCGUCUUAUUCUUCUCAAAGCCAUUCUGAAAACGCAAACAAUAUUCGAAAGCCAUACACGGGACGCGGGAAUGCUGCCAUGGGAGUAUAACACAGUACCUCGAACAUAAUGAAGAUCGUGUCUUUCAAGGGGACAUCCUUUCCUGGACAUCUUCUAGAGAGCGAGAUAUACUGCCUGAUCUGUGGCUUUCAGACUGUUAUUGGACCCGUUAUAAUCCAUCAGCGUACGCGGCUAAGGAUGAUUGUAGUUGUCCACCAUCGUAUCCAUGUUUUUGAGAGUUGCAACUAAAAUGUAUCUGUUCUUAAUCUUAAAAAAUACUAUUUUUCUCUAGAGGAAUGCUGCACAAUCUUUUAUACUUUUUUUACUGCUGUUUUUGCCAGGCGGUGUUCAGCUGGAAAGUUUUAGUAUCAGGUUAUUACGUUUCUGCAAGAACAUUUUCAGAGGGGAUGUGGGGUUUGUUGGUUUGUCUUAUUUAUUAUACCUAUUUUUCUUAUGUUUUUGCUUUUUUUGUCUUUUAAAAAGCUUGUUUCAUUCAGUAUUUUCAUUUUAAAAUAGGGUUGUUUUUUUUGUGUUUGUUCAGAAGACUCAUGCAUUCAAACGUUUUGUGUAUUAACAAAAUAAAAGUGCCUGAAUCGUUUAGCUGUGGUUCGUGUGUUUAAAUCCUCCACUUUUUUCUUUCUAGCCUUUCGUAUUGCAAUCACCUCUGUCUGGAUAGUUGUUGGGGCAUGAAAUAUUAUUGUUCACCUUACAA